AAGUGGUGUCCCAGAGACAGGGCUGUGUUUCCAUUAAAACAUUCUUUUUCUCUCCAUGCCCCCUGUUUGUUUAUUUAUUUAUUUUUACUAGACUGUUACAGUGAAAUAGAAAGAGUUCCCUGUAAAAAGAGGGAACCAUUUCUAGGCCUGUCCUGAUCCAGGGCCCAGUGGCCACUGAUGACAUCACAAAGCCUGAGCUGUCACAAAGGCAGCUCCCUGAGCAAUAAGAGACCUGAGCAAGGGGACACAGCCAGCAGAGAGAGACUGGCACCUCAGGAGGCCCCAGCCAGCGGGAUCAUCAGUCUGGGCUGAUAGAAGCAGCAUCCAGCCGACACCAUGUCUCGGAGAAAACACCUCCAGAACUGCCAUCGCAGUAAGAGACACUCCCUCUCCCGUUCCACCAGGGCCGAGCUGCAGUUCCCCGUGAGCCGCGUGGACCGCCUCCUGCGAGAGGGUCAGGGCGCCCACCGCCUGAGCUCAGCGACACCUGUGUUCCUGACCGCAGUCCUUGAGUACCUGACGGCCAACAUCCUGGACCUGGCGGGGCAAGAGGCCGGCGCCAACCACAGGGUACGCAUCAGCCCGGAGCACGUGCAGAGGGCGCUGAUCAACAAUGAGAAUCUCCGCCGCCUCUUCCAGCCCAGUGCCUUCUCGAAGCCCACAGCUUCACCACCUGCUCCCGAGAGGAAGUAGGGAUGUCCAGGCCCCUGAGUCACAGCCACAUCUCAUCAGCAGCUUCAUCUCGCCCCAAACUGCCCACAGAUGAGGGAGGCCUGGUCUUCUGCCCUUAGCACUGCUAUUAAAGCGUUCAUGGCUGUGCUUGUAA